AUGAACGCCACCGGAUGUCUGACGGCCCUGGGCGACGGCGGCGAAGCAUUCGUCGUGAUCUCGUCCGACGGCGACGACGACGACGACGGCUACGGUGGCCGCAGUCGCCGUGGAAGCCACCGCCGCCGGCCCACGCAGCCACGGACCACAUCUCCAAGGUGCCCGACCGGCCGGCCGCCGACGCCGCCACCCGUUCUUCCGAUGGCCACCGCCGAAGCGUACAAGUUGAGAGCACGCCGUAAAGACCGCGGUGCGUUCGUCGUGCUGCCCGAACCGCCGGUGGCGUCUUCCGUAGCUACGGCGACCACGUCAUCCACUGCCGCUGCCGCCGCAAAGGCGCAACCGGUUAACGGUACAGGUGUCAGCGGUCGAGUUAGCCCGUUCCGUGGCUAUGGUUUCAAAACACCCGAAAACGGACGGUCUCGUGCGUCCAGUCCGUCGACUUCCGGACGGCUGAGGCGUCAGUCAUCAGAAUCGCGGAUUGUGGACGAUAGUCGUCGUCCAACAGCAAUCACGGCCGACAACAAACGGCUAUCGGCGUCCACCAAAGACCUGACGGCGAGCGGCAAGCGGACGUCUGGUUCGUCCACUAAACAACCGUCGGCUGCAAGUGGUGCUACGGGGAGCCGGAAAACGCCGGUGACGACGGGAAAGCCACCGACCGUUCCGACGGCCAGCAGCGCGGCAGCCGUCAAGUCGUCGCCGCGUAAGAAAUUACCUCCCACGCCACGCAAACCAGUGCCACCCAAGUCACCGUUGCCGUCUAGGUCGCCCAAAACGCCGAGGCGGUCACAACCGUCGACCAACACAGCGGCAGGCUCCAAACCGACUGUCGCCGCAAAACCGACUGUCAUCCGUCCGCCGGGCAGAUUGUCGCCUCGUUUGCCCAAGAAACAAUCGACGGCCACGGCCAUGGCAUCGUCUAAGGCGGAAGCUCCACCGAAAGACGUCGCUCGCCCACCACCCGACAAUGGUGUAAAUACGGUGGCCGCCACUGCCACAGUGACGACCACGAUAACCACUGCGACCACGUCUACGGCAUCGGCGUCGGCAGCGUUCGAUUCUUUGCCGUCGACCGGGACACCGACCUUAGCCGCGUCCACCAUAACUACGACGGCACAGUCCGUCAUUCCGAUUACGGCGUCUACCUCGGCCACGGCCAUAGCGACCACGCACGCGACCAACGCUGUCGCUUCACCCGUCGUCGAUGGUGGUCCGAUUGUCACGGCUGUGCCUCCUCCGGCGGCCAUUGCCGCAAACACGCUGGCCACUUUGUCCGUCAUAGACCCGUCGUCCACGACUUUAAAACCACCCCUGAGCGCGAUGAGAUCUCGCGAUCCACCAACCACUGCCUCUCCGUCACAGCCAGCGGCCACCGUCGUCGUCGUGGACGGUGGUCCACCGACGGAAGCGGCCACCACGCGACAGUCCGUUGCCGUCACUAUGACGACCACUCCACCGCUGUCAUACGAGCUACAAGAGAUCAUUGUGGAACCGGAAAUCGAAAACCAGAGCGGACGAACGCCCGUCCGCUUGUCCGUGGACGCUGAUGGCAACAAAAGUUCGUCCACGGCCAGCAGCAGCAACGGUCACAAGACUGUCGCAUGGGCGAGGUAA